AUGCGAUCGCGGACGCGGUCGUGCUCGGAGAUGUCCAUAUCACUGUCGGCAUCACCGUCGCCGGCGGAGCGGGAGGCGCUUCGCUUGUCGCGCUCACCGCCGACGGCCGCGUCACCGCCGCUGGUUGGGGCUCUUAUUGAGUCACUGUCAUUCGGGAGCUGUGGGUUCGGCCGCGCCGCGUCCUCGGCGUUCGAGAAGGAGGACCUUCGCCUCCGCAUCGCACUUCCGCAGCGCCUUCGCGACGCUCUGCACGCCGCGCUGAAGGCGAGGGACCCGUCGGCAAGCGCCUUCACGUUGGAGGAAGCCCCGGGGGUCGGCACCGCGGCCAACCCUUGGUUCGCCCUGGCGCCCGAGGACGCCCCCGAGAACCCCCUGGUUGCGCUCGUCAACCCGCGUAGCGGCGGUCGCCUCGGCCCCGUCCUCAAGUCCCGCCUCCAGGAGCUCAUUGGUGAAGACCAGGUUUUCGAUAUUACAGUCGUUAAGCCAUCUGCAUUUGUGGAAUAUGGAUUGGGUUGUUUGGAGCAACUUGCUGAUUAUGGGGAUCAUAGUGCAAGAUCAGUUCGCAAUAACCUGAGAGUCAUGGUAGCAGGAGGUGAUGGUACAGUAGGUUGGGUGCUGGGAUGCUUAGGAGAACUAUAUGUGCAGAACCGGGGACCGGUUCCUCCAGUUGCUGUCAUACCCCUUGGAACAGGAAAUGAUCUUUCCAGGAGUUUUGGUUGGGGUGCUUCAUUUCCUUUCUCAUGGAAAGCAGCUGCUAAACGAUCUCUCUACAAGGCUAUUUUGGGCACAGUUUCAUGUUUAGACAGUUGGCACAUCGUUGUUUCUAUGCCAGAAGAAGGAGAAGAACAAGAACUGGAUCUUCCCCACUCCCUUAGGCACCUCGGAGAGUGUACAUUUUAUGAUGAUGGCACUGCUGAGGGAGAGUUGGCUGAGACAGUUUGUUGCUUUGACGACGUCUUCUACAAUUACUUCAGCAUAGGGAUGGAUGCUCAAGUGGCUUACGGAUUUCACCAACUACGUGAUGAAAAGCCAUUCCUUGCCAGUGGUCCUUUAUCUAAUAAGUUAAUUUACGCAGGAUACACCUGCAAGCAAGGGUGGUUCUUUACACAGUGUAUUAGUGACCCGGAACUACGGGGACUGACAAACAUUAUCCGUUUAUCAAUAAAGAAGAUGGACAGUUCUGAGUGGGAGCACAUCCCUGUACCAUCAAGUGUAAGGGCUAUUGUUGCGUUAAACCUUCACAACUAUGCAAGUGGAAGGAACCCAUGGGGAAAUUUGAAGCCUGAAUACUUGGAAAAGAAAGGAUUUGUCGAAGCCCAAUCAGAUGAUGGCCUUCUUGAAAUAUUUGGGUUGAAGCAAGGGUGGCAUGCAUCCCUUGUGAUGGUUGAACUUAUAUCUGCCAAACACAUAGCACAUGCAGCAGCAAUCCGGUUAGAGAUCAAAGGUGGCCAAUGGAGGGAUGCAUAUAUGCAAAUGGAUGGGGAGCCAUGGAAGCAACCACUGAGCACCGAGUAUUCGACAUUCGUUGAUAUCAAGAGGGUACCUUACCCAUCAAUGAUCAUCAGCGGUGCAGAUCGCUAAUGAGAGCCGACGAUUUUAUGUGCUCGCCCAGUUGGACCUGCAAAGAGCAGUUUUCAGCUUCCAGCCCGGAAGCUCGAUGAAUUACAAGCUCAAUCCUGAUCAUCCUCGUGCAAAGCCGUAACAAUAUAUGAAGCUGUGGAUACAUAGAAUUUGUAUAGCAACGACAGAAUGUAGCCAUGCCACUGCUUUGAUCUGAGUUAUGAACUUAAUAUCAUGUGUACAGGAUGAAGUUGCUCUUGCAAAUUGUUCAGUAAUUCGAGGGUGAUACUGACAAUUUUGUUGUAAAAGUGAGGCUUAAGACAAACUAAUUUUUUUGCCAAGUACUCCCUCUGUCCGAAAAUACUUGUCAUCAAAAUGGACAAAAACUGAUGUAUGUAGAACUAAAAUACAUCUAGAUACAUCUCCUUCUAUUCAUUUUGAUGACAAGUAUUUCCGGACGGAGGGAGUAGGAAACUUUAUGAAAACUGUUAGGUGAUGUGAUAUAUAUAACCAACAUUACUACGAGGAAGCUCAUAUCCUCGUGCAUACUCAUGCACUAGACUAGAGAUCACAUGUAGGUACGUUUUGUUCACUAUUUUGUGGAGUUAAUAGUUACUACCUCUGUAACUAAAUA